AUGUCCUCAGAAACUCCACUCCCAGCUCAUCUCGACCCAAAAACCUACCCACGCACACACCACAAUCCAACCCAAAAUAUCCACAUAACACUAACCUACGAAACCCUCGACGCAAACACCUACCUAUCGCAAACUUCAUCCCCAGCAGCAGGCGCCAACAUCCUCUUCCUCGGCACAACACGCGAUACCUUCGAAGGCCGCUCCGUCUCGCAGCUCAGUUACACAGCCUACCCGCCUCUGGCGCUGAAGACCCUAGCGGGGAUCGCCGAGGCCGCUGUGAAGACGCAUGGGCUUGAGGGCGUGAGUAUUGCGCACAGACUCGGGACUGUGCCGAUUGGAGAGGCUUCUAUUGUUAUUGCUGUUAGUGCGGGACAUCGUGGUGCGGCGUGGAGGGCGGGCGAGGAGGUGCUUGAGGCUUGUAAGGAGAAGGCGGAGAUUUGGAAGAGGGAGGAGUUUGUUGAUGGGGGGAUGGAGUGGAGGGCUAAUGCGGAUCGGGAUGCUGAGGGGAGGGCUUUGGGGACUGGGGCUGUUUAG